GUUUCAUUCACCUUCACCUACGAUCAACAAAACGAUCUCGUUUUAUUAUUAGAUUGUAUUUUUUAUUCUAAAGAUAAUAAAUAUAAUAAACAUAAUAAAUUCAUCUUUAACAAUAUUUGAAUUCCUGUCUGUAAAGCGAAUUAAUGUUUAUUAGUAAUGGAUGACCAGAUUCGUGAUGGACCAAUUACUGUAUGGCAAAUGUUCAAUGCGCCGACUAUGGUUUUGUUCAAUAACUUGGAGCUUGCUGCUGAUGGAUUAGAUAGACUAUUAACUUCCAUUUUAAAGCUAUCAGGAGACUUUUCUGAAGUUCUUGUACCACGGCCUGGCUCUUCAAAGUAUCCAGAUUUUUAUUAUAGUGCUUUUAAUACAUGGUUAAUUGGAAGAUUGUUUUACAUCUGGUCUGUAAAAGAACUUGAUAGGAUAUGUUUAUCUAGCAAAGAUGCACAGUUGAAGAUUUUGAAUAUACUGAGCGGAAAUGGUGCCAGUUUUUUUAAUGAAAUACACUCGGAGUAUAUUGAUAUAUUAACUAAAUUGAUAAAUUAUUACAAGGAUUAUACAAGCCAUAACCAACAUACAGAAUUAGUGCUUGACAAUUUUAAGCCUGCCCAGAUUGAUAUACCUAGUACACAGUUAAAUUUGGAACCAAUAUUUGUAAAAGUGAACAAUCUGGCUACAUGUCAAACAUUGAUUGAAUUAUUAUUGCAAUUACUCUCAGAAAGCAUAUCAGCAAAUUCUCUGAAUAUUGAUAGAACCAAAAAUGAAUAUGAAUUGGUAUUCAACAAAGUGUUGUAUAUGCUUGAUAAUUAUAAUGUAGAUUUAAAACUGAUUUCAUUUAAGUUUUUUGUGAACUUAUUAAAAAUAUUUAAUGAAGUAUCACUAAGCAGGUUCCAUCACAUUUUCCCUAAAAUCUAUAGUGAUUUACUUGAAUCUGUGGAGGCUAUUAUAAAGUCUAUCAAUGUUUAUUAUGAAAAAUGUGAAAUUGACCUAAUAUAUUUGAACAACUUCAACUCAUUGUUAUUACAAUUUUUAAAUAUCACAUUUAAAAAUAUGGAAAGGGAUAAUGAAGAAACAUUAUUGAAUAUCUGCUUAGCAAUUCUUAGGAUGAAUAACAAUAAAAAUUUUACAAAGGAAAUAAAACUCCAGUGUAUGUCAUUAAGUGAAAAAAUAGAUUUUCCAAAAGAUAUAAUGAAUAUUGAAAAUAAGGACGCUUCUGAGAUUGAUGUACUUUCAGAUUAUUAUAGCAAACAUAUAUUAGCUUAUAUUCAAAGAAAAGACCAUGGAGAAAUAGGGAAUUUUAGAGAAUGCUGGGAGUAUAAUCAAGUUUUAUUUGUUUUACACUCCUUAAAAAGUUGUGAGGAUUGUCAUACACAUUUUAUAGUAAUUGAAUAUAAUUUAAAAAGAUGUUGCAGUGUUCUAAAUAUUUUGCAAAAUGUCUUAUUGCAAAGUAAAAUCCCUCUUAAUGAUGGUUGUUCAUCAGAAACUUCAUAUAUAUUGGAUAAAGCAAGUGUUCUCUCUACAUGGAAGACAUUAUUGAAAGUUAUUGAAUUAAAUAAAAAUAAGAUAAUUGAAAACACCAGUUGCACAAAAAUGAUUAUGGAUAUCAUAUAUAGCACAGUAAUUCUUUGUGAGACUUUAAAUGGUGCAGAAAAUAAUACUGUAUUACAAAUCUUAUGCCUCCAGGAUAUGUCACAAUUUACUGAACUUAACUUAGCCAUGUAUUCUCAGCAAUUAAAGGUGGUGAUGCUAACAUCCAUAAUGACUACAAGAAUCGUUUUAAAAACUAAGCCAAGUGAAAGUUGGAAUAUAAUAAUUUCGUUUCUGGCAAAAGACUUGUUGAAAAAUAAAGGAACAAGUGCAUACAAUGAAAUAAUUUCGAUAUGCCCGCUUCUGUUAUUAACCAAAGGAGUUUCAGCUAGUAAAUUGAUUAGUGAAGUUUUAAUGCCAGCUUUUUUAACAAAAGAUCAGGAGAUCCAGAGUAAAGUAAUACAAGUUUUGCCAGCAAUUGGUUGUAUGUCUUUAGGAUGUUUUGAUGUUAUUGUCAGCUCUUCAAAGAAUAACAAGGGACAUUCCUUGUAUAAAAAUAAUUCUAUAGAUAUUUGCAUAAUAUGUUCCAAUUGUCACAUACAAGAGAGAAAUAGUAGUAGUGGACACAUUAAACUUGCAUCAGAGAAUGUUCAGACUAAUACUGGAUAUAUAUCAAUUUUAAAUGGUCUUAGAAAUUUAUUUUCAAAAUUUUUAAAUUACAAACAGUACUCGAAUGUGGACAGUAAGGAAUAUUGGGAUCUCUUAGGAAGGUUUUGCAACCAUUAUUAUGUAUUCGACUAUGGAGUCUCAUCAGAUAUACUCAAUGUAGAAAAUUGUGAAAAUGUAUUAAAAAUCUUUACCCCAUUUAUAGACAACAUUAUGAUGGAUACAGAUGAGGAGUGGAAGUCGCAUAAAGAGACAGCAUUUAAUAUAUGUAUUAAGUUGCUUGUAGAAUUGACUCAAUUCUGUUUAGAAAAAAAUGAUUACAAUCAACAGACUCAUACUAUUAAUCUUAUUAAAAGAUUUGGAAAAUGUCGCAAUGAGAAAGUUUUACUACCAACUACGAAACUCUUGGUUUAUUUUAUAAUGUAUCCACAGUGCCCUCUAGGUGCUAAAGCUGUUGUUUAUCUACGAGAAAUUUGCGAAAUUCAAGGAUAUACACCUAACCAAGUAUAUCAUAGGUAUAAGAAGGAUUACUGCAGGCUUUUUGUGGAAUGUAGUUUGUAUAAUGGAAAAGAGUUCGCCAUUUCGCUACUGAAAGUUGUUAGGGCAUUUGGCUUUGUUGGUUAUAGAGAUUUCAUAUCAAAAGAUGUACAUCACUUCCUUCCAUACCUUAUGCCAUACUCGGUAACGAUAAAAGAAGUGCCAUCUAUGAUAGAAGAAAUUGCGUCUUUAGUACAGUGCUCAGUUUCGGAUUUCUUAACUGAAAGAUUUCCUCAUAUAUAUGUUCAUGUUUAUUUAAAUGAAAAUGCUGAAGUUUCCAAGAAGUGCUUCGACGUAAGCGAAAGAUUGACGAAGACCUCGAUUUUGAAUUUGAUCAAGAAACAUUUUAGAGUGAUCUUAACAGAAUUUCUAUUGCAGUAUUGUUGCAAUCCCGAGAAAGUGCUGAAUGCUUGUAGAUACCUAGCAUGUCACGAUCCCGAUGUAUCAACAUCUAAUAUUAAUACUAAUAUGAGUACAGCGCAAAUAGCCGACUUUUUGAAUCCAAAAUUUCUCGGCGUACUAGCGUAUUUUGAUCACAAAUUAGUGAAUGCUAAAGUGGCAUUGUCAGUCAAAAGGAAGGCGUUAAAAAGCUUUCCUGACAUUAUUCAAUUAAUGGGAGCGAAGUAUUUAACUCCGUUGAGGUUUAAAAUUCUGGCUACACUUAGAUCAGCUUUGCCCUUAGCGAAAGAAUUUCCAAAGAUUUUGGCAGAAGCAUGGGGAGCGUUCAUCCACAAUAUUGAUACUAUAUCACUUGGACCUCUCUUAUCAAGUUUAGCAGUAUCAUUGAUGCAGCAAUUUGAUUAUGCUCCACAUGAAAUUAACAAAAUAUUCCAGUAUCUCAUUCUAAAUAAUGAGAAUUUGUUGAGUUCUCAUAUCUCUGAUCUAUUCUUUUUAGAAGAUACUAAAAUAUCAGAGAAAGUAAAAAAGGUUAUCAAAAAGCAUGUGAAGAGAACACAGCCUGAGGGAUUUUUGGAUAAAAUUAAAUGGUAUUUGCAGCAUUUGAAUCAAGAUAUACCAAGUAUUAAAGCAUAUGCUUUUUCUAAUUUGGACAAACUAUUAAAAAGUAAUAGAACAGAAAUACAUAAGGCUAUAUUUGGAGGCAAGACUAUUGAUGCUGUUAUGGUUGAGCUUAUAGACUCAUUGCUUUUAGGUUGUAAAGACAGCGAUGUGAAUGUUAGCGCUGUAAGCGGUGCCUGCCUUGGCCAGCUCGGGGCGAUAGAAGCUGGCCACCUGCCACGGCAGUACGUGCAGCCUGACAGGUCGCCGUUUGCUUUCACUAUAGGCGAGAACUGCUUCGCUGCUACAGCAUUAGUGGAACUCACUAGGGCAUUCCAAUACGAGAAGGAUACUAUGAACAUGGAUUGUUAUGCGUUAACAAUUCAAGAAAUAUUAAAAAUAUACGAUAUAUCACCUACUGGCAGCAAAAAAGAAGUGUGGUACAGUUUUCCAGAAAACAUGCAUCAAAUAAUGUUUCCGUUAUUGAGUUCCAGAUACACACUGGCUUAUCCAUCACAGCCAAAGAAAGCUCAUCCACUUUUUGGUUCAAUAUACGCCACAACUUUUCUGGAGUGGGCCCAUAAUUGGGCUGGCCAAUUGAUUCCUCUGAUAGAGUCGGAGAAUGUACGCGAACUAUUGCGCACUGUCCACCCGAGCAUGCGUCGUGACGUCCGAACACUUUUCUUGUUCCUACCGUAUGCAUUGUUGCACGCCAUUAUGUCAAAGACAAACAACCAGUAUAUACAAGAGGAGAUAUUAGCUGUAAUUGGUUUGGAGAAUUUCGAAAAUGAACAGUUCAUGACAGAGAGAUGUAAGUAUAAAAUAUUACGGCACAUAAGAAUGACGCCCAGUGUGACUUCAGUACAAGCUGAAGAGGGAAAUCAGAGUAAAUGCAGUAAAACUGUGUACACACUGUUGGACUUUCUAAAUAGGUGGUUAUUGGAAUGGUGUUAUUCAAAGCAAAGACCUCUUGAGAGUCAGAAUUAUAAGGCAAUAGCUUCUUUCUUGGAGAAAUUUGACAAGCUAGCGAUAGCUCGCGGGAACUUUAUGUGUGGCGAGCUUGAACGUGCAUUGCAGUAUCUAGAGUUAUAUAUGGACGAGAGGGCAGACAGAAUGCAAGAACAAUUGCCGUUGUUGGCCGAGAUUUACGCACUGUUAGAUGAACCCGACUCUGUAGCUGGUAUAUUAUCGAUACAGCGGUCUGAGCCUUCACUGAAGGAAUUAAUUUUGGCGCAAGUGGUGACUGGGCGACUGCAAGAUGCUGCCCUGUGUUACGAGAGGCUAGCGCAAGAAGGCCAAUUGGAUACUCAUAGUUUACAAGGGAUGAUAGACUGCUAUUUGGGUCUGGACCAACCAUUUACAGCAUACCGAUUGCUCAGUGAACAUGAUUCUGAGGAAUGUAUGGAGCUUGCAGCAGAACCACUAUGGCGUUUGGGGCGAUUUGAACAACUCGAGGAAUUAGCCAAGAAACCUGUACCAGCGGGUAGAGAGAACUGGGGAUUACUGAUGGGUCGGAUUCUCCUCUCGUUCCGAGCCCAAGAUCACGAAGGGUUCUUAUCGUCAUGCAGAGAGACGAGGAGCAGGCUUCUGGCACAAGUUGGUUGCGAAGGGCAAGGAGAGGGGGCGCUUCGCGGGGGCUAUCAGAGUAUACUAGGGCUACAUAUAGUUACAGAGGCCGGCCACAUGGAGGAAGUUUUUACAAAACUUAAAAAUAUAAAUGAUGGCGAUAGACAAGGGAUGGAUAUAAUAAAUCAGUUAUUAGACGAAUGGCGUCGAAGGCUUUCAGUUGUGCAAUCUGACGUACGCACAAUUGAGCCAUUGUUAAGAAUACGGAGAAUAUUUUUGCAACAAACACAGGAAUUGUUGGAGCCAACUCAUCCUAUGACCGCGAACAGGCUGAAAUCAUGCAUAGGAAAUCUUUGGUUACAGAGUGCGAAACAUGCCCGCAAAGCUGGUAUAUUUCAGCAGUCAUACAUGUAUAUACUGAACGCAGAAGAGUAUCAGCCAGAGGAAUUGUUCAUAGAGAAGGCAAAGAUGUACUGGGCGCGUGGGCAGCAUGACCACGCCUUCACCACUCUGCGUAGAGGAUUGGAUGAUGCUUACCCUAAUAUUGAACAACUAAAUAAUGAACAGAGAAAAACAUGUGCCAAAGCGAAACUUUUGAUAGCCAAAUACAACGACGAGACUACCAACGUUGAUGUCGAUGUCAAUAUCGGCUACUACAAGGAAUCUGUGGACGUCUUCAAACAGUGGGAAAAGAGUUUGGUUUGCCUCGGCUCAUACUACGAGAAAGUAAGCAGCGGCGAAAAUGCAUCGAAUCCCAGCAUUAUGUGGAUGCGGAAGCGGUACGCCCUCGAUAGCUAUGGAAAAGCGUUACAGUACGGGCACAAGUAUUUAUAUCAGAGCAUGCCUAGAAUGCUGUCUAUAUGGUUGGACAUGGAGGUAACAUCAGUGGAUACAAGCGCACAUACAAUAUUGGCGCAAAUGACGGAGAUUAUAAAAACUUAUUCCGAAAGAUUGCCUAUUUAUUUAUAUUUGACUGCAUUUUCACAGAUUGUGUCAAGAAUUUGUCACCCAGUUAAAGAGGUGUACCUCCAGUUGAAAGCUAUAAUAGUGAAAUUGAUACUGGCGUACCCUCAACACACGCUAUGGAUGAUGAUGUGCGUGAUCAGGUCAGCGUACCCGCAGCGUAUAAAGCGCUGUGCCGAUGUAUUUGCCGACCCUCGACUCAAGGAGCCCCAUAUGCUGAAACUGGUCAGCGACUUCACGCAGCUCGCUGAGAAGUUGAUAGAACUGUGUAAUAAGCCGAUUGUUAGUAGUGCCACGUCAACAACCGUGUCUGCCCUUGUUCGCACCCUGCCUCGCUUGCUUGCCAGUGAGAACUUCAGCCAUAUAAUGAUGCCAUUUCAAGAGUUCUGCAAGAUAGUCUUGCCUUCAAAGGCGGCGAGACAAGAGCGUAUCGACUUUAACAUACCUGUGGAACCGCCCGUGUAUAUAGCCGGCAUCGAGGAACAUAUCAGUAUACUGCCAUCGCUCCAGAAGCCUAGGAAGGUGACGUUGAGAGGUUCCGAUGGUAAAGCCUACAUAAUAAUGUUGAAGCCUCGUGACGACCUUCGCAAGGAUUAUCGCCUCAUGGAGUUCAAUGGGGUGGUGAACAGGUUCCUGCAGGACGCGCCGGAGACACGCCGCCGCCGUUUGUACAUCAGGACGUACAGUGUGCUCCCGUUGAAUGAAGAGUGUGGCCUUAUUGAGUGGGUGCCAAACUUGGUCGGACUCAGGCCUAUACUGAUGCACAUUUAUAAACAAAAAGGGAUUCACACAAGUAAUCGAGAGCUUAAAGAAUUAAUGUGCUCUAACAAAGAUCCAGUGGAGAAGAAAAGGCGGAUAUAUGAAGAGCAGUUGCUUCGUAGGCAUCCCCCUGUGUUCCAGGAGUGGUUCAGGCGGGUGUUCGCCGAUCCAUAUGGAUGGUACCAAGCCAGGUCGGCCUAUAUUAGAACCACAGCCGUUAUGUCUAUGGUCGGCUAUAUUUUAGGACUGGGUGACAGACAUGGUGAGAACAUAUCGUUUGAUUCCACAAAUGGUGAUACUGUACACGUGGACUUCAACUGUCUCUUCAACAAGGGCGAGGCCUUCGAGUGGCCCGAAAGGGUACCCUUCAGGCUUACCCACAACAUGGAGGCAGCUAUGGGACCGCUGAAACAUGAAGGCAUGUUUAGAAAAAGCUGCGAGGCGGUGAUGCGUGCUCUGCGUGCGCAGACUGCGGCAUUGAUGUCAGUGAUUGGACCGUUUGUAUACGAUCCGCUGGUAUCAUGGGGUCACGCCCGAUCCGUCGAUGCCGAACGGACAAACGAACAGGCGUUACUGCAUCUCAUGCACAUACGGCAGCGGCUUAACGGCAUGGUGAAAACGAAAAAUAAACAAUUGUCACUUUCGCUAUCGCCGGAAGGACAAGUGGAGCAUUUGAUCGUCGAAGCCACCAGCAUUCAUAAUCUUUGUCAGAUGUAUAUAGGAUGGGGACCAUUUUUGUAACUAAGAAGAAACAAUUAUAAUUUUGUGCCUUUCCGUGUUACAACCCAGUAAUAUUUAAGUAAGAAGGCUGUGUUAAUUGUACGACGUCAUUCUUGUUUUUACUUAUUGAUUGUAAUUACAUGAUUAAUACAUUUGAAAGAAAAUUCUA